GGGACGGGCGGCGCUCCACCGGAAAGUAAAACGCGCUUCGAGACAAUGUUACGCCUGAGACAGGUCUUUAUGGUCUCUCUUCCCCUGGUGCUGAUCUUAAUGCUUCAGGUCAGUCAACCAGCCGAGGGCUUUAUCAUACGUCUUAUAACCGAGACACUACAGAAUAAUGUGGCUGGUGAACCCGUACUUCAUGAACGAACCAAUUGGGAUUUCGAUCCUGAGGCAGCCAAGCGGGCGAGGUCCUUGUACUACGAGAAGAAUGGCUUCCGCUCGUCCAAAUUCAUUGAAAAUCUGGGCUUGGGCCUGGAUGGGCGGCACGAGGAGCGGCGACAGGCGCAGAGGGAGCGCGAUGUGGGGCGGCUGAACGGGGAACACAAUGUUAACUAUCCGCCUGCGCCGGCUUAG